UGUAGGUGUGUAAAUAUAGGUGUUGCGACGUCCAAAUAAGUAGAAAUAAUUUCGGACAAAUCUACCAAACGAGUUGAUUAGAUCGCAGUUAGUGCGACACCCUUUCAACUUUCCUGCGUCGCUGGGCAGAAUGAGGUGAAUUUCGACGCGCUCUGCUCGUUCCGUGUGGACGGAGUUGGCCGACCAGUUUGACACUUAGUGCUGAGCGACUUCAUUGUUCCCUCACUGAGGAAAGAAAACAAAGGGCCUGUGAUGUUAGUGUUUGGAUCGCGCUAAUUGUCCAUACAUAGAUGCCACGAAGAGUUACUGAAGCAUUGGCGGAAAUAGCCAGAGUUUAAGUGCCUUAGGAAAUUGCAAAAUUUGCUUUAACAUAGAUUUGGCAAAAUGUUUGCCAAGAAGAUAACCAAUAUUGACAUCAAGAAAUCCACCUUGAAAAUUCAGGAUUGUAAACGGGACAGUGCUACCAGACUUAAGCACGUAAAAAUCGUAAUCGACAAUGUGGAAACUUCAGUAGCCAAAUCUUUUUUUGAGGCAAACUACAGUCAUGUCUACAACAUCCUUUACGAAAGUUUCCUAGCGGCUGAAACCAACUUGAAACAGAAAAUUCAAAAGACACACAAGGAAGAGCUGGAUUUGGUUCUCGCUGUACUUGAAAAAGUUUUGGUUUUGCUACCUGAGCUCUUGUCAAAACGCUGGCAAUGCUACAGUCUCACAAGGAUGAUGCUCAAGCUUGUGCACCACGACAAUGCCUGGAGGGUGAGAAAGGAGGGAAUAAGGUUGUUUCUGCUCUGGUACCAAGCUCUGGGAGAAAAUGCUCCAGACACUCUCCACGCAAUUUUUGCGACCCUUGUGCCUGGUUUUCCAACGCCAAAGUUGGGGGAUAGGUUUUCAGCGCUGUGCAGUGACACUCCUUACACAAUGUUUUUUGAAUUGAUUGAAGAGCAAGCAAGCCCUGCGAAAAUUCAGCCGAUUCUCCACUCGCAAAGUAUGGAUAAGCACUUGGAAGAACGGAUGCAAUCAGUUCUAGACACAAUGCUGGACUUCAUGGUUUCACAGGUAACAAAAAUUGAGUGGCGAGAUCGUUUCGCUCGGCAACAUCUGUGCUUCUCCUUUUUGUUGGACCGAUUCAAGAAAUUCUAUCUGCCUCACAUAUUCCCCACGUUCUCACACUCCACCAGUUUAUACAAACCAAAUUUGGACUUCCCAGAUUCCCGAAAACCCAUAUCCACGCUAAUUGACACUCCAAACGGCAAAAAACCAGACCCGUUUGUUGCCUGCCGCGUCAACGUGAUCAAAUGGGUUUCCCAAUUCGCGCACGUGAAUCGGAGGGACUCCUUCACAGGCAGUCAAAGCUAUGCCACCAGUGAUGAUGGCGGACCUGAGUACCGCAGGAUCAGCGUCAUCAGCCAGGGCCCAGAAUCGUCUCUUGAGCAUCGUGGAAGUCAGGUUUCCGACGCUGACAGCUUCCAAAGUGAAGGCGAUCCUGCUGGAAACUUGACGUCGAUGUGUCUUGCGAGAGACGUGAUGUAUGGUUCAAGGGAAAACGUCAAUUUUGUGCACGAGAUUUAUCGCCAAGCAUUCCUGCUCAACUUCACUCAUUCCUCAGCAAUCAGAAAAGCGCUGGCAAUAUACAAGGACUGGAUCCAAAUGACAUCAGCUGAAAUUCCUCAAUUCAUUUUGGAACCUGUUGAGUCUGGCAGAGGACGUUUGCCAUCGUUGGAAUCUGCCUCAGAGGUUGAUGGUGGACAUGAAUCUAGAAUGGAUUCUCAUUCCAGCAGUCUGACUGAUGAGUCACACGUCAGAGCAGGCCUCCAGAAUAUCCUCCAAAUCUUUAUGACAAACGCUGCAAACCUGUUUCUCUUGGAGGUGACACCAGACCAAUCGUCAUCUCUUGAAGAGCAAGUAGAUGCUUGCAAAAGAGUGCUAAACAUUUAUAGAUACAUGGUAAUGAGGACCAAGAUGGAGACAAAGACAUGGGAGCAAUUGCUAAUGACCCUGCUGAAGAUAACUUCUCAAGUGAUAACGAAAAUACCUCCCAAGCGAAAAGAUGACACUCUUGGUGGAAAGUUGGCUCAAGCUUUAUUUCAGACCCUCAUUGUGACUUGGAUCAAGGCCAACCUAAAUGUCAUUGUCAGCACAGAACUCUGGGAUCAUUUCUACCAUACCCUUUCUUCUCUCACUCAGUGGGAGGAGUUGAUAAAGGAAUGGGCGAAAACCUUGGAUACUCUAACUAGGGUUAUGGCUCGUCAGGUGUACAAGCUGGACUUAGAUGAUUUGCCUCUUGAUAGAAUGAAAGACCAAAAAGAGAAGCGAAGACCUCACGUGACGAUUCCACAGCAGCCAAACAAAGACUUGGGCAGGCUGACGAUUCGAAGCCCCAAGCAUGGAGCUUUGUCUGCAGAUAAUUCCUCGUUACCAAGUGCCUCUGUGUGUGGACCCGAUGGCAACGAAUUUAUUAAAAUCAAAGCAUCUGGUGUGUGCCAACUGCUAAGGAGGAACAGAGGACUCAGAAGGUGUUUCAGUGACAGUUGCCUUGCUGCAAACAAGAGACGCAUCUCUGUCCAUUCAGCUGACAACGGAAUUUUCAGAUUUCCAGAUCAAGAAAUUGAGCAAUUGUUCCAUUCAAAGAAGAUCAAAAGGGCAAAUUACAUCAAAAGAUCAUUUUCCCUGGACUCCAUCUCGCUUCCAAAGGAUACAAGUUUGGGCUACCCUGAGUCAGGGACGCCAACUCGCACGCCUUCACCGUCACCCUCAAGUGGAGUUGGUGCAAGUUUGGUCAAGGACUCAAUAAUGCAGAUGGACAACAUCUCUGCCGAUGGCAACAGCUAUGAUCCAAGCAACAACUCUGAGCAUCGAUCUGUGAUGGCAGGUGGCAACCUCAAAGGCUGGUGCCCGGAAGUGGUGGUCAUUCUGUGGCGUCGCAUGCUUGGUGCUCUCGGUGAUGUCAACCGCUUAGUUCACCCCAACCUGCACGUACAAGUUUUUGAGUACUUAAUAGAACUUAGUCAAACACUGCUUAAGAUACACGGGAACCACAGUUUAGUGCUUCAACCAAAUUCUCCAUCUCCAUCAACAGACUUAGUUCCACCUUUUUUGAUAAUCAUUCCUUGGUGUAUGAAGGCUCUAGUCCUUCCUAAUGACUACAACAGAGGAAAGGUUUGUGCUUAUGAGUUGCUUUGUGACCUGAUUUUGGCCUGUCAAGACAUCAAUCUGCCCAAAGAUAUUGUCAUUGAAUUCUAUCGCGUUCUUCAUUUGGGGCUAACAGGCACGCACCAGAUUUUGGCACGUGAUUGCAUGCCUGUUCCUGUCACUCAAGGUGAUGGUAGCAAGAUCAGCCUUUCGGAUCCUGUGAUCAAUGCGUUGGUCAGACAUUGCGGAACUCGAUUUUUCUCACUGAUGCUUCCUGGACACACUCUGCUGAUGCUGGAUUUCAUGCAGGCCUCAAACACAGUCAUUGGGUCAAAUGAUAUUCGUGGUGUGCCACGCACAGAGGCCAUGUCGAUAAUUGGUGCCUUACUCAGCCUAAAUUCUAUUGCUGAAAACGCAGUUCUGAAUCCAAACAGCACCGAAUACUCGCUCAUUACAUCUUCUGAUACAAAGGAUUAUAUAUUUACCCUGCUGUUGCGAUUUGGUAAAAUGGAGCAAUCUGGCAAAGCUCGAUGCAUUGCUUUGUCAUGCAUUGGUAUAUUUUUAUGCGAGGAAUUGCGACAAAGACAUUCCCACCCAAAGAUGCGUGAUGCAAUCAGUGUACUUCUGAUGUCACUUAGGUGUAACCACAAAACUAUUGUUAAAGUAGCCAUAGAAAACAUUUUGCUUCUGGCCGACAACACAGAUGCGCUAUUGAUGCAGCAUCCUGAAUUACCUCUUCUCAUUGUUGAAACUGUUGUGCAAACAAUUCACAGCCUCCUUGUCACUGACAACACUCCAAUGUUUGACGAUGAAGGUCGUCUUUUGGUCAGCCUGCUCUUCUGCAUUGGGGAGUGGUGCAUGAGACUUCCCGUUUAUUUGCUCACGAAGUCAUUUGCUGGGAGUUGUCUUUUGCUCAAUGUGUUUAGAGUACUUAACUGCAUUUUGUCAAAAAAUCAAACACACUCAGAGCUCCCGCCUCUCGACUCGGAUUUUGAGCCAAAUAUCAAGUUUGAUGACCUAAAAGAAAGACCCUGGCAAGGAGGAAGAGGAACCCUGUUGCCAAGCAACAAUCACAACCUGAAUGAAAACUCGGUGACCAGUUUAAAACUAGCUGCUAAGACGGUUUUCACUCACCUUCUGAGACACUUGGAUCACUUCCCGAUGGCUUCGCGUGCUGCGAGGCUUUCGUCACUAGCCGAGGAGCAUGACGAUGUGCCUGGACUGAACUCCAGCAAGCUCAACACGCAAAUUUUCUCUGAGCCAAACGUCCAGCUCUUCAUUAUAAACAACAAAAUAAUCAUGUCAAUGAUUGAGCUGCCUGCGCCAGAGCCCACCAUUGGAGGAGUAACAUUCGGACUGUGCGCGGCACCAUUCCAAGUGAGACUGAUUUUGCGAGAUAGAGGCUGCAAAACGUGUUGGGACGCAUCACUUUUGUACUGCAACGAGGAGGACAAAGCUCACUGCUCAAGCCCAGCUCCAAGCUUUUCCAAAGACCUUGAGUAUAUUAACUCGAUUGGAGCGUUCAUCGUUGAGCAAAAUGCUGCCUCGAUGCACAGGGUGAUCAGACGCAAACCGCCAAAUGUUUUGCCAACCUUUGAAAACGCAGAAGAUGAUAUGGACAGCCUUGACGAUCUCCUCCAGUACAUUGGUCAUACAAGCUCGGAGUGCCUGAUUGCUCUAGACACGCCAAGAAACGUGGCCGCACAAAGCAUGCCUUCGCUCAAUACCAGAGUGGAAGUGGAGGCAUUAGCAUCAAUUGUGAGCCAGAAGAAAAACGAAAAGGAGUUUGUUAGCUGCAACAGGGAACAAGAGCACCAAUACUUAAUGGCCUCAAAAUGCCUUCCUGAACCUCAGACGACACCAAGCUUGUGCUUUGAUUUGUGCAAACUGCUGUUUUCACACUUUGGCUACACAGGCUGGGAGCGUAGAUCUCAUAUCAACUUGCUGCGUAAAGAUGAAAAGUUCAUCAGAGAGGUCAGGAAUCUGGAUGCAAAAAUAUGCCGAGAAACCCACAAAAUCGCCGUAUUUUACGUUUCGGAUGGUCAAGAAGACAAGAACUCGAUCCUCUCCAACACAUCUGGCAGUGCUGCCUACGAAGAAUUCGUUGCUGGGCUAGCGUGGGAGGUGGAGCUGGAGAGCCACACCGGCUUCAUGGGUGGACUGCAAAAAAACAAAAGCACUGGUGAUACAGCACCGUAUUACGCAACAUCCUUUGUUGAGGUUAUGUUCCAUGGAGCCACUCGAAUGCCUUCUUCAAGCCAAGAAAGUUUACUUCAAAAGACCCGCCACCUUGGAAACGAUGAAGUCCACAUCGUGUGGUCAGAAAACUCUCAAGACUAUUGGCGCGGUAUAAUCCCAACUGAGUUUUGUGAUAUCCUGUUGGUCAUCUACCCCCUGCCAAACCGAUUGUACCGCGUGCAGGUUAAUCGCAAGAAAGACGUACCCUACUUUGGACCGCUAUUCAAUGAGGCGAUCGUGGGUCACCAAGCACUACCAACGCUUGUUAGGGCGACCGCAAUCGCAGCCUCCAGAGCCAAGAGGAGCAUGCUUCCCAUGUACCAAACCUUCUUUGAAGAAAGGACUAAAGCGUUGUUGACAAUCGCAGACCACUACAAAAUUCCAUCAACAUUUGAGGAGUUCACUUCAGCGGUGUAUGCUCCUGUAUACCUAGUGAAAUCAACUGCUUCCAUGUAUUCGUCCAGCAACGAGCCUGGCCAUAACGCAGACAGCACUCCACACCAUUUAAUGGGCUCAGUGAUGCGAUCAAACAGCACACUGUCUGCGAACUCGCUGUCUGGCAGCACCACAUCCACCGUGACACUAGACACUUUCACCAUGAUGACCGACCACCAUUCAUUUGGCGCCGAGGAAGAUUUGCAUGAUAUCGCGUUGAGUGAUAGCUCUGGCCCACCAACCAUAUCCUUUGCAAAGGACGCAGACUAGAUAGGCUCUUACUUAUAUUUCCAUUAUAUAAUGUACUUUCUUUCCAACUGUCCUUCUAAUUAUAAUCAUUACGUUUUUUGUUCAUAAGAUAAUUUAUUCACGGUUACUUAGUUUGUCAAAUCAACUGUUAAUGCUAUUUUAUAAACAAUAAAUUUAUUUUUAAAUUUAAUACAACAGCUAAA